GUUUCGGGAACAAGCGCGAAGGAAGCGAGGAGGGGAUUUGCGGGGUUUGCUCACUUAUCAGCAAAGACCGGUGAUGAGCAACUCCGAUCCGCAUACGGUGCCGCUAUCUGUGCACCGAGCUGAGGGGUAUUAUCGAACGACUUGAAACGAAGUGAUGGAGAUCUCUCUCUAAAGGCGUUGAGGAGCAUUUAAAGAUAUUGGGUUUGCCAUGAUGAGACGGCAAUCGGUUCAGAAGUUGCAGUGAACAGUGUGUCAGCAGGUCUAGAAAUUGGAUCAGGAACGCGAACGAAGCACAACGUUAGAAUACUACAACCCCUCUCACCAAAGCACCCCCUUCUCCCACCUAGCCUUUCCAAGAUGCCUGUCUCCGGAUCUCUGAGCAACGUGGACUGGGAGCCGAGCUUCUCUACGGUUGCCGUUCACGGCGGCCAGGAGCCCGACCCGGUCAACGGCUCUCGUGCGGUCCCUCUGUACCAGACCGCUGCUUACAACUUCACCGAUGCUGCCGAUGGCGCCAGCAAGUUUGCGUGGAGCAAGGACGGAUACGUCUAUACGCGUAUGGGUAACCCGACCAACAGCGUGUUCGAGAAGCGCAUGGCGAUGCUAGAGGGCGGCGUCGGCGCCGUUGCGGCGUCAUCGGGCCAUGCGGCGCAGUUCAUGGCGCUGACGCAGUGCUGCGACCCCGGGCAUAACUUCGUCAGCACCAGCUGGCUGUACGGCGGCACCUACAACCAGUUCCGGGUGUACAUGAAGAAGUUCAAGAUCGACGUCAAGUGGGUUGUCGGCAACGAGCCGGCCGACAUCGACGCGGCCAUCGACGAGAACACGCGGUGCGUGUACAUCGAGACCAUCAGCAACCCGAAGCAUAGCGUGCCGGACAUUCAAGCCAUUGCCGACGUGGCGCACAAACACGGCAUCCCUCUCAUCGUGGACAACACGUUCGGCAUGGGCGGAUACCUCUGCCAGCCUAUCCGACAGGGUGCCGACAUCGUAACGCACUCGGCGACCAAGUGGAUCGGCGGCCACGGCACGUCCAUGGGCGGCGUUGUCAUCGACGGCGGUCACUUUGACUGGAGCGCGUCAGGCAAGUUCCCCGGCUUCACGGAGCCGGCGGACGGAUACCACGGCCUGCGUUUCUGGGACACGUACGGGUACAAGGCGCUCUCGGCCAAGGUGCGAAUGGAUAGCAUGCGCGACCUUGGCCCGUGCCUGAGUCCCUUCAACGCCUGGCUACUCUUGCAGGGCCUCGAGACGCUGGCACUGCGGGGCGAGAGGCACUCGGAGAACACGCAGAAGCUGGCCGAGUGGCUCGAGGCGCACCCCAGCGUCAACUGGGUGCUCUACCCGGGACUCAAGUCGCACCCGGACUACGAGUACACCAAGAGGGUGUUUACCAACGGCGCCGGCGGCGUGCUGACGUUCGGAGUGGCUGGCAACAUUGACCAGGUGCGCGCCGUUGUCGACAACCUCAAGCUCUGUUCGCAUCUGGCCAAUGUCGGCGAUGCCAAGACGCUCAUCAUCCACCCGUGGGUGACGACGCAUCAGCAGCUCCCUGACGAGGAGAAGAUUAAGGGCGGCGUGACGCCGGACCUGAUCCGCGUGUCGGUCGGAAUUGAGGCCUUCUCGGACAUCCGGAGGGAUUUCGAACAGGCGUUCGAGGCGGCGGGGCUGCCAACGGCGAACAAGGCGGGCGGGGACCCGUUCGACGCGGCGCUGAGGCUCGUCUCAGGCGGGUUCAUGGGGGAGAAGGCGACGGGGGCGCCGAGGCCGGGGACUGACGGGACGGUUUCUGUAGAGGCGUGAUGGGGUUGGGAGGUCAAGAUGCGGGUGCGACGGAACGACCUGAUAUGUAUGAGACGGGGAUAUUUAAGAGAUAGGGUUGGACUUAGAAGUCGGAUCUGAUACUGUAGAAACAAUGU